GACUCGGAUGCCGAAAUGUCUGAUCAUAUGUCUCCCUCGGCGGAACGCGUACAUGGAUGUGCAUAUAAGAAGCCUCUGAACUUGCGACCGUCAUGAACACUUCUCUUGAGAUCUUGGAAGCUCUCUUCCCAAAGCCAUCCCCUGCGCCAAAGAACUUCCUCCUUACCCCAACUCGCAUACCUGGAGCGACGCCUGACUCCAUCCAAGCUUUAUUGGAAUACUUGAAAGACAAUCACCGCAACUGGCAUAUAUUCUUCAACGACAGGCAGUUUCACAAUCAUGCUGCUCACCAUUUGCUGGCCAUUUAUGCUUUGGGCGCCGAUCGCAACCUCUUGAAGGCGGCAUACCAGACUCACGUUUUGUACCAACGUCCGUCCUUCCCAUCUCCUGGAGAGAUCACCCAGGAAACUUGGAAGGACUACUUAGGGGACGAGAAAUAUUACCAGGCUUAUGUGACGUACUUCACGGAACGCCUCUUGGAGAAAGGCGCGGCAUCUGCUCUCGAGUCUUACGUCUUCUCUAAGGAUGCUAAUGUUGUCGGCAGCCCCAAUACUCAAGGCAUGCCAUACAUGUUGAGCCGCUAUCUUGGAGGUUUCCUUCAUCCUUAUAUCCAUGCUGGAUAUGGAGCCGAGUUUGGUCAACUCGGCAUGUGGGCAGAGGGUCUCGCUCAGGCGGCUGUGCACACUCCGGACCCUCCUACCUUGAUAUUACCUCUUCUAGACGCGAGCGUUUCCCCAACGACUGGUCAAAAGAAGUGUACGACUCACGCAUUGACUAUCGCUGCUCGAAUCGCUGCCGAUCCCGCCUUCAGUCCUUCGGCUAUCGGUUUGCCUGUGCCUUUCGAUGGAGACGAAGAACUCCUUGAACGCGUUGUCCGGAUUGGUGGUGACAAGUUACUUGGGCUCCUAAACGAAUGGCAGGUCGAGCCUAACCAGCAGGACUUGGAGAAGAAGGUUGAGGAAUUGAUUUGGAUGAACACAGCGAUAUACGUCAUGGGAGGAUGGGCUUUUAGAAAACAAGGUUCUGAUGAGAAGAAGGAGUUUAACGCCAAUUUUCUUGCGAUGCAUCUUGUCACAUCUGUGCUGUUCUUGCCGUCGACGCUGACUUACCUGAAGCCUUCGUCUGCAGUUAUCUUGGUCCGAGCCUUCUUCGCGACGUCCGUCGCUCUCUACAUUGGUCUCGGGGCCCCAGCUCUCCCCAUCGCGGAUUUCUACCGAGCUACGGAGACAGCUAUCGUUCCUCCAGGCGUUCACCCGACCCCAUCGAGCAAGUUUUUCAGGGGGUUUGCUAACAGCGAACAGACCAUUCAACUGCAAGAGGGUGCCUGGGCGGAGGUUUCCAAGAUCCUCACACCCAACCCUUGGCUCCCUAUCAUCCAGUCGACGCUUGUUCAUCCUGAUGAGCAUCUCUGCAAGAUCCAAAGAGCAUUAUCGCACUUUGCCGCCGAGCUUGGUGAGACAGCGCCCGGCACGUUCUCUUCCCUCGUAUCUGGCUUAGACGACGCCGACAUUCUGGAUGGUACGCUGUUCAUCCGAGCUGCUAUCCUUACCCAGAACAGGCUUGGAUGGAUGAGGGAAGGCCAGGAUGAGCGUAAUUGGGAUAGGCAGGGGUUUUAUUAGUUGGCCCUGAAUUCUGAUAGUGGCAUCUUGGUGUAGGUGUACUUUUCUGUACUAUACGUAGCUGUAACUGUUGGAAUCAGUAUGCAGUCUAUUACUUGUAUGGUUUUUG